AUGCUCGGAUUUGGACGACAAGCUUCUAGAAGAUUACGACUUCUGAUACUGUUUUUAAUUGGAGCCUAUGGACUAUAUCAUCUCUCUUUUUACUUCAAUCGACGCACUAGCACCACCAAACCAUUCUUGGUCGGAUAUCCUAUUGGGGACAACAUAGAUAUGGAGGGUGAUGCUGAAUUUAUUCAAGGAAACAUUUUCCCUGAUCAUGAUGCUCAAAAUUGGCAAUCAUCUAUCUUCACUGCUAAUAUUACCAGAUAUCAGCUACCAAGUCCGAGUACUGGUCUUCCACCCAAAGAUGGUAGUGCAGAUUUUGUCAAGCAAAUGUAUGUUCGUGAAAUGAUUCGCCAUGCAUGGUCUGGAUAUAUGAAAUAUGCUCGUGGAACAGAUGAACUUGAUCCCUUGACAAAGACUGGACACAGCUGGACUGAGCCAGGAUCCAUGCUUUUCACUCCAAUUGACUCCAUGUCGACUCUCUUUAUUGCAGGAAUGAUGAAAGAAUUUAAUCAGGCCAAGGCUCUUGUGAUUGAGAAUUUAGAUUACGACAAAGUCGACACGGAUGUAAAUGUGUUCGAGACCGUGAUUCGUGCAUUGGGUGGGUUGUUGUCUGCAUAUGAUUUGGAUGGAGAUGAGCGGAUACUAGCACUUGCAGUGGACUUGGCUGAUCGUUUGGAAUGCGUAUUUCAGACAAAAACUGGAAUCCCAGAAAACAUUGCUAAUCUGAAAGAAAGAAAGGCCAAACCCGGAUAUCUUUCAUUGGCAAUGGUGGGUACCAAUCAGCUAGAAUAUCAAUAUUUAUCGGACAUUACUGGAAAUCCAAAGUAUGCCAAUAAUGCUUUGUAUGCGCUUGAGCAAAUCUCAUCAAUCCAGACCAGUAUCAAGGGGUUUGCACCUAUGGAGAUUAGCACAUAUUCUUUGACAGAAACAUCUCAGUGGUAUGCUGUCGCCUUGGAGACAGACUCAUACUAUGAAUAUCUGCUCAAGUUGUGGCUAUCUACUGGUGAUGUUCGCUAUAGAAAGUUGUACGAUGAUGCAGCAUCGGCUAUUGAGGAGCAUUUAUUGAUCAAGACACCAACUGGAGGAGCUUAUUUAACUGACAAGAGAUAUGGCGUCACAUCAGAUAAAUUCCAUCACUUGAGUUGCUUUGCAGGCGGGAUGUUUUCUACAGGCGCAGUCACACUCGCCAAUGAGGACGCAGAUCGUUAUUUCAAGAUUGCCUCUCAGCUUACGCAAACAUGCUAUGACUCGUAUCAAAUUUCGGAAUCUAAACUUGGGGGUGAAUGGACAAGAGUAGAUGCUGAUGGAAAUUUGAUAGCUCAUACUCGCAGUUACAUUCUAAGGCCCGAGACUGUCGAGUCCAUUUUUUACAUGUGGAGAUACACUCAUAAUCCUAUUUACCGAGAAUGGGGAUGGAGCAUUGUCCAGGCAUUGGAAUCCAAUUGUAAAGAUGAUGUGGGAUAUCACGGCCUAGACGAUCAAGGGAAACCACACAAUCGCCAACAGUCUUUUUUCUUGGCAGAGACACUCAAAUAUCUAUACUUGCUGUUUUCAGACGAUAGCACGAUUGAUUUGAGCAAAUAUGUAUUUAACACCGAGGCUCAUCCAAUUAGCGUUCGUGGAUAUGGACGUCGAAAGGAUCCGAAAAAAUGGGUUGAUAUUCCUAGUCCUGGACACUUUAAAACCCAUGACUAACAAAGUUUGGCAACUGGAUAGGAUUUUUAAAAUGAAUGGGCGGUUUAGAG